AUGUCGCAAGCUGACAGUGGGCGCAGCUAUUCCUCGCAGCAUCGAUACCGUGCUGCCGAGAAGCUUCGGAGCUCCAGUGUGACGAGGAGUCGUGUCGACAGAGGCUCUGCAUCCACACCCAGAAGAGCUCGCGCGGAGUCUCGUGGAUCUGACCUCUUCAACGCGUCUGUUGGAGGGAAUUCGCAACAAGAUCACUUCUUGCGCGCUGCUAAGAAUAGCGUAUCGAUGCUUUGUCACUCUCUCAGUGGGAACUUUUGCGAAAGACCGCCGAAGAUGCCACAGACCGACAGAACCACUACAACAGCUACAACAGCGGCUUGGAAACAGUGCAACCUUCGAAACCGCUGUGACAGCCGCUGCGAUGUGUGGGGAGCGGCUUGCUCGCCGCGGCGGCUGGAGGCGGUGCGACAGGAACUCGCUGCAGUUCGGGCAGACGUGCGACGCGUACGAGGAUUCCUGGAUGCCACGACGAUAGCGACGUCCCAACUUGCCAGGCAAUCCGUGGAGAGCCGUCAGUAUCUCCGUAAAUUGAUGGAGGAGGAGCGCAUCGAAGGGGCCGAGUGUGGCUCUGCUCGCAAACGGCUGGAUGAGGAUGAGAGAGAGCGCCUUGAGAGCCUUGCUGAAGAGGUCAGUGAGCUUGGUUCACAGGUCAGCGACCUUGCGCAGCAGCAGCUCGACUGUUACAAGGACGUUCAGUACCUGCGAGGAUUCACAGCCGUUGUCCGACUGCGGCAGCGUGCGAAUGCUGCGACUCUGCAAAGCCGGAACUUCGGCCAGCAGUGUGAUUCCAAGGCGAAGGAGCUUGACAAGACGAAAGAACAAAUGGCUGCCCUGCGACUAAAGGCACAUUCUCUGAGAGAAGAAGCAGCGAAAGCAAAGGUAGAGGCUGCAGACGUCGGCGAAGACUCUGCCCUACAAUUCCUCGAGGCUCUUCGCGUGGAACUGGGAGCGGAGGAGCAAAGAACCAAGAUGCAAACGAUGUUGGCCACAGCGCAGGAGGCUACACAGGCUGGCUUGAAGCAGAAAGUGAAUCAACUCAUGUCUGCCUUGCAAGAGUCGGAGGCAUCAACUGCGGAAGCUGCUGCUCAAGUCCAGGAUUCGGAAGGCCGGGAGGAAGCGUACGUGUCCAGACUUGAACGAGAAAGGAGCCGCAAUUCCACGUUGGCCCAGGAGGCUCGGCACCUGGUCGCCACUCACAAGUCGCUGGAGGCUGAGCUUGAGCAGCAGUAUGACACGACCCGCGCGUGGCAACUCUGUUCUGCAGAGAUGCGAGCAGAAGGCAAUAGAAGGCAGCGGCUCCAGGCAACCUGA